CAGGCACGAAGACCAAGAAGACCCAAGCUCAACGAAAUGAGCCCUUUCCACCGACGUUCCUCCACCGGCAGCCUCCACUUGUGAGCGAACUUUGCUUAUAAGGUUAGAUCUCUCAGGUGGACCUCUUUUCCGGUGACGUGGCGGUUUUUCCGGCGAGUUUACUACCUGAGAUGACUACCUUCUCUCUCCCGAUGUCGAGCCUCUCUCGUUGCGUACCGAUGUCUUCGGGUUCUUUCUCUAGUCUGAGAUCUCCUUCAGCACCACCAUCGGAGCCUCCGUCCCCACCAACUCCGCCUGAACCACCGGAUCCGCCGGAUCUUCAGAUCUGCCUCUCAUCCGGUGAUGCUCUUGUUCAGCUGCUUCUCCUUCAACAUCCCACCGGUCUUCAACGAAGUCACAUCGGUUCCGAGCGCCCAUCUCCGCUGCCCUCGAGAACUGCUCCACCUUGCCGGAAGAAUGCUCCUCUGUCCAUCACCGUACUUGCUCGCCGCCGUCACUUGCUCCUCUCUCCACAUUUCUCAAACAUGAACCUAGGGUUUCACUAUUUGGGCCAAAUUUGGGAUAAUUUUCUAUUGGGCCAUGGUUGCUUAUUGGGCCAAAAGAGUGGGGUUUUCUUAUUGGGCCUUACUUUCCCAAGACUCAGCCCACCUUUUUCCUUUUAUCGUGUCUUCUCUUGUCUCGUCUCCCUACUCUGCUGCAAGCCAUCUCAAUCUCAUAAUCUCGUCGUCGCCAUCAACUUACCUCCUCAGAAGUUUCCCCAGGUAUGCUCUUACUCUUCACCCUCUAAUUCUUCUCAGAUUGGAAGGGUUUGGAUGUUGGUAGAGUUUGUGGCUCUUGUUUUGUGGAAUUUUGAUAUAGCUCAUUCGUCUUCGAUGAGCUUGGAUACUUUUGUGUCUACAUUUGUGCUCUCUUGUAGCACCUUUAUCGUUUUGAUGCGAUCAUUUACCGCAGUAUGCGGAUUCUGGCUCGAUUUGGCUAUGUUAAAAGUUGUCUCGUCGCAACUUGGACAAAGUUCUCUGAGUUUAGAAAACCGACCAGGUUUCCUGGUUCAUUGGGGCUAUCAUAGCCCUCAUCUCUCCUUUAUGGAGUUUAUUAUCUUUCCAACGACCUCACUUGUAUUUAGUGAUAGUGUUACAGGAAGCAUUGAGUGCAAGACUGUUCUGCUUGAAGUAGAAGCGAGAAAUCUACUGGUGUUUGGAAACCGUGCUUUUUCUGAGGAGGACACUGCUUUGAAAGCCAUAACUGCGGCAAAGGAAUGGCAGGAGGCAAACCUUGCAGUCCAUGGCCAAUCGCGGAACAGAGCACAAGCUGUACCUCUUAUUGAGGAUAUACCAACUCCACUACCUCACUCAGAGGAUCCUUCUCUCAUUUUACCUCUUAUUGAGGCUCUUUCUCUCAAUUUACCUCUUAUUGAGGCUCCUUUUCACAGAAUUCCUCGCGAUGAGGUUUUUUCUUGCUACACGGAUGCAGCUUGGAUCGCAUCCUCUGGCUCCUGCGGUAUGGGAUGGAUUUUCAAGACUCAAGAUCAUCGAGUUAUCCAUCAGGGCUCGGCAACUCGCCUCCAUACACCAUCGGCUCUAGCUGCUGAAGCUUUGGCCUUGAGAUCAGCGCUGAUCGCAGCGUCUAGAAUGGAAUUCACCUCCAUCAAAGUUUUUUCGGACUCGCAAGUCCUCAUAUCUCUGCUAAAUACAGAGACCUCUACGAACGAGCUUCCAAGGGAUUCUCCAUGACAUUGCCUUCUUUAGUCGUUCGCUAUCAUCUAUCAAGUUUCCUUUUGUUCCACGCAAGUCUAAUAUGUUAGCUGAUGCAUUGGCAAAGGCUGCCUUAUCUUCUUUACCUGUUUUAACUACUUCUGCUUUGUAAGAAUCGUCUAUUUAUCUAUAAAACCAGUUUGACCAAAAAAAAAAA